GCAGCAGGUGGGAGGAGAGUCCGGGAGCAACUUGGGCUGGAAGCGGAGAAGCAACUGGGCUGAAGCCUCUCAGCUGCGGCUGCUGCAGGUUCCUUCCCUCCCCAAAUGGAAGCCCACUGGUGCUGCAGGCUGGGAAACUGGGGGCUGCAAUUUCUGCUGGUGGGAAGCUUGAAAAAGCCUCCUUCCAAUGCAGGUUGAGCCUUUGGGGCUGGUUUCCCUCCAGAGGGAGCUCCGUCACUGGAGGUUUGGAAGAGAGCUGGAAGAAACCUUGGAGGUCUUAAUGACAUCUCAGACAAAUGGCUGUCCCGUCGGUUUAAAAGCCACCAGCAAUGGAGCCCCCACAACCUCUGGAGGGAAGCCAUUCCCGAAGAAUCAACCUUCACUCAAAAGAGACUUUUUCAGUCUUCCAGGCAGCAGAAAAUUGCAGCCAUUCCCUUCCACUGGCUAAUUGUUCUCACUGAUGGGAUUUUUCCUUAAUUCCAGGUUUUUUUCUCUCCUUGAUUAGUUUCCAUGCAUUGCUUCUUGUCUUGUCCUUCUGGUGCUUUGGAAAAGAAGUUGACCCUUCAAGUAUUGGAACACUGCUAUCAUGUCACCCCUAGUCCUUCCUUUCACUAGACGAUUCAUUCCCAAUUACUGCAACCCACUAAUUAUCCCUUCUGCUCUUCUCUGCGCUCUUUAUAGAGUCUGGAUGCCUCUUUUAUAUUGUGGUGAUGAAAAGUGGUUGCAGUAAUCCAAGUGUGAUCUUAAUCAAAGCAUUAUAAAUUGGUACUAAUACGUCAUGUGAUCUCGAUUCUAUCCCUCUGUUUAGGCAGCCAGAGUUUCUCAGGCUUCUUGAGUUGUUUUCCCAUUGAUUGAUUGAUUGGUUGGUUCGAUUUAUAUGCCGCCCUUCUCUGGAGACUCAGGGUGGCUUACAAUGCAUUAAUCAAUAGCCUUCAUACUUUUGUAUAUACCUGCUUAGUAGGGCUUUCGGGGGGCCCCAAGCAGUGUUCUUUUUUAUACAAAGUCAGCUCAUUGCCCCCACAAUCCAGGUCCUCAUUUUACCUACCUCGAAAGGAUGGAAGGCUGAGUCAACCUUGAGCCUGGUGAGAUUUGAAUUUGCAGUAAUUGCAGGCAGCUGGUGCUAGUUAACAACACUUUAGUCUGCUGCGCCCCCAAGGCUCUUGUAUAAGAUUUUCAUCCAUGGAAUCCUUCCCAAGCUGUCUCUUGGUUUGUUGAAAUCAGCUGCUUUAAAGUCUAAGUCCUUAGUUUGAUUUUGCUCUAUUGCUUGUGUCUGCAUUAUAUUGAAUUCCAGUAUGACAUGGUCACUCUUCCCCCUAUUUAUCUGCAACUUCAACACCCCCCCCCUCCCCUAUAAUUUCCUCUCUGCUAGUAAAAAUUUAGAUCACUAUAGGAGAUCCUUAGUUCCCUUUUCUACCUUUUGGAUGACAAGUUGUCAUCUAGAUUCAUUAGGAACCUUUUAAGACAGGGGUGACAAACUGGCGGCCCAUGGGCUGGAUGCGUUACAUGCAGGCCACACCCACCCCAGCUCCACAAAUGGGUAGAAUGUCACAAAAUGUCACGUGACGGCAACAUGACAUGGCAAGUUUGACACUGGUGCUUUAAGACAAGAUUGGCCAGCCAUUUGUCUGGAAUGUUAUAGGGUAUCGUGCUGAGAAGGAGAUUGGACUAGAAGACCUCCAAGGUCCCUUCUGACUCAUAACCUAUUCUGUUACGGGGUUGCUAUUCCCUUGGCAACCAAAUUGCAGUGAUUCUGCCACUAGUCUUUUUCUAGGGUUUAUGUUUUUUACCUUCCAGGUCUUGCCAAAAGCACGGUAUUUCUACUGACCGUAUUUUUCGGACUAUAAGACGCACCUAAAUUUAGAAGAGGAAAACAACAAAAAACGGUUUUGGCCUACCUUUUUUUGGGCCGUUUCCAGCCUUUUUUCGGUCUUUUUCUGGGGCUAUUUUCAACCCAUUUUUGAGUGCUUUUUUCAGCUCGUCUUUGAGGCUUUUUUCGGCUUGUUUCUGGAGCUUUUUUCCCUGUUUUUGAGGCUUCCCCCCCUCCCCCCGUUUUUGAGGCUUUUGGGGGGCUGUUUUGAGGCUUUUUUGGUCAAUUUUUGAGGCUUUUGUGUCCCGUUUUUGAGGCUUUUUUUCUGGCCCGUUUUUGAGGCUUUUUUUGGCCUGUUUUUCUGAAAAAACGUUCCUGUGCUUUUGAAGGUGCAGGAAAAGGAGAGACACCAACUUGGGUUCUGCCAACCGUUGCACAUUUUUGAUGACUGCAGCAUCCCAAACUCAGGAUCCCCGUUUGUGACCUUCUCAGCUAGAUUCUGAAGCAAAAUUAGUAGGGAUGCCAGCAGGAAAUUGCAAGUCGCAGUUUGUGGAACAGAUGUAAGUUGUCACUGUCAUGUGACAUCAUGCUUUAUGACCGGCUGCUUAGUGACACAGAAGCCAGUCCCAAUUGCACUCAACAAAGAGGAUGGCAAUAAGAGCACUCUGGACAACUGAGAAUAACAAGCAACGUUGAAAAGGAAAUAAAAUUGGAAAUAAAAUUGAAAAGGAAAUCAAAAUAUAUUCCAUUUCCUUCAGAAAACCACACAAUUCUCCUUCUGCAGCAGCUAAUAGACAAAAGGGAGAAUUAACAUGAGAUUUUGAGCUGGAAAAAGUAAAGGAUACAAAACUCAAGGAUACAUUUCAUGAAAAAUCAAGGAAGAUUAUUUUUCACUCAGAAAAAGAUGGAAAUAGCUGGAAGUUAGGGGAAAGGAAAAGGUCUUAUUGGGCAGGGCACAUAGGACAGACAAUGAUACAGGCCUUGCUUUGGGAAGAAGCAAAUGGCUUUAAUCAAAGCACCACUAAACAAUAGAUCACACAUAUUAUUGACCUCAAGAAUAUCAGUUGUGGAAAAGCUCCAUAGAUCUGCCUAUUGUAGAAAAAGCACAGAUUGCAAAUCAUAGCUGAUUAAACAAGAAGAUCCCAACUGCAGAAAAGCCAUACAAAUUAUCUGAAUAUGCCAAAAAGUUUGGUCAGCUUCCUUGUGGUUCAUGGAACGAAUCACACAGGAGAGAAGCCAUACGAGUGCUCCUGAUGUGAAUACUUUAGUGAGCAUGGCAACAUGGUAAUACAUCACAGGACACCCAUCACGUAAGAGUGUCCAAAUUGUGUGAAAGUAUCAUUGGAAAUUACCAUCUCAUGAGACAACAAAGGACACACACAGGAGAGAAACCCUUUCAAUGUCCUGAUUGUGGGAAAAGGUUCAGUCAGAAUUGCAGCCUGGUGACACACCAGAGGAUUCACACAGGAGAGAAACCAUUUGAAUGUCCUGAUUGUGGGAAAAGUUUCAGUCAGAGGUCGAGCCUGGUGACACACCAGUCGACUCACACAGGAGAGAAACCAUUUGAAUGUCCUAAUUGUGGUAAAAGUUUCAGUCAGAAUUCUAAUCUGGUGAUACACCAGAGGACUCACACAAGAGAGAAACCAUUUGAAUGUCCUGAUUGUGGGAAAAGGUUCAGUCAGAAAUCCAACCUGGUGAAACACCAGAGGACUCACACAGGAGAGAAACUGUUUGAAUGUCCUGAUUGUGGGAAAAGAUUCAGAAACAAUUCCAGUCUUGUGGAACACCAGAAGACUCACACAGGAGAGAAACCAUUUGAAUGUCCUGAUUGUGGGAAAAGUUUCAGUCACCAUUCCAGUCUGGUGACACACCAGAAGACAUACACAGGAGAGAAACCAUUUGAAUGUCCUGAUUGUGGGAAAAGAUUCAGUCACAAUUCCCACCUGGUGACACACCAGAGGACUCACACAGGAGAGAAACCAUUUGAAUGUCCUGAUUGUGGGAAAAGUUUCAGUCACCAUUCCAGUUUGGUGACACACCAGAAGACUCACACAGGAGAAAAACCAUUUGAAUGUCCUGAUUGUGGAAAAAGUUUCAGUCACAAUUCCCACCUGGUGACACACCAGAGGACUCACACAGGAGAGAAACCAUUUGAAUGUCCUGAUUGUGGGAAAAGUUUCAGUGAGAAGUCCGGCCUGGUGAGACACCAGAGGACUCACACAGGAGAGAAACUAUUUGAAUGUCCUGAUUGUGGGAAAAGUUUCAGUCGCAAUUCCAGCCUGGUGACACACCAGAGGACUCACACAGGAGAGAAACCAUUUGAAUGUCCUGAUUGUGGGAAAAGGUUCAGUCACAAUUCCAACCUGGUGACACACCAGUCGACUCACACUGGAGAUAAACCAUUUGAAUGUCCUGAUUGUGGGAAAAGGUUCAGUCGCAAUUCCAACCUGGUGAGUCACCAGAAGAUUCACACAGGAGAGAAACCCUUUGAAUGUUCUGAUUGUGGGAAAAGAUUCAGUCACAAUUCCAGCCUGGUGAAACACCAGAGGACUCACACAGGAGAGAAACUAUUUGAAUGUCCUGAUUGUCGGAAAACUUUCCGUUACAAUUCCAGCCUGGUGACACACCAGAGGACUCACACAGGAGAGAAACCAUUUGAAUGUCCAGAUUGUGGGAAAAGUUUCAGUCGGAAUUCCAGCCUAGUGACACACCAGAGAACUCACACAGGAGAGAAACCAUUUGAAUGUCCUGAUUGUGGGAAAAGUUUCAGUCGCAAUUCCCACCUGGUGACACACCAGAGGACUCACACAGGAGAGAAACCAUUUGAAUGUCCAGAUUGUGGGAAAAGUUUCAGUCGCAAUUCACAACUGGUGACACACCAGAGGACUCACACAGGAGAGAAACCAUUUGAAUGUCCUGAUUGUGGGAAAAGAUUCAAUCGCAAUUUUGACCUGGUGACACACCAGAGGACUCACACAGGAGAGAAACUAUUUGAAUGUCCUGAUUGUGGGAAAAGAUUCAAUCGCAAUUUUGACCUGGUGAGACACCAGAGGACUCACACAGGUGAGAAACCAUUUGAAUGUCCUGAUUGUGGGAAAAGUUUCAGUCGCAAUUCCAGCCUGGUGACACACCAGGAGACUCACACAGAAGAGAAACCAUUUGAAUGUCCUGGGAAAGGUUUCAAUCAGAAUUCCCACCUGGUGACACACCAGAGGACUCACAGAGUAGAGAAACCAUUUGAAUGUCCAGAUUGUGGGAAAGAUUUCAGUACUAAGACUAGCCUUUUAAAUCAUGUGCUUAUACACAUAGGAGAAACCAUUUAAGUGCCCCAAGAGUGGAUGGUACUUCAGGAAACAUUCCACCCUUAUUGCACACAAGAAAAUGUGCAUGGAUUUUCCAAAGUGAUGAGUGAUGAUCUAAAGCAGUGGUUCCCAAAGGGGCCGUACCAAAGUGGGGGGCCGGUGGGAUGACUUAGGGGGGCAGU